UGCUAUAUCUCGAAAACGGAAAUAUAGAAAUGCGAUUUGCAUUUUGAAGAACCAUCCUUAUACCGAGUUAAACAACUGCCAGCGCCAGGGGCUGUCUCUGGAGAUAUGAAGACCAAUAGGAGGUAAUAGCCUAAAUGUUGGUGUCGCAAAAGCAUGAAAUCAUAGCACUGUCCGACUCGUCCGAUGAUGAAGCUCAAAAGAAGCACACCAAGAGGCAGAAGACGGCAGAGGACAUUCAGGUACCGAGGUUUGAGAAGUGCGAGACCUGUAGCAAGACCUACGACAUCACGCUUAAUAACGAUGAAGCGUGUCAGACACACGAGGGCUGGGUUGAGAUAGAUGCAGAAUACUUCCCGGACGACGACGAUAUCCAGUACCGCCCCGAUUCCGUCAAUCCCGAGACGGACUGGCGGCGUGAAGAGUGGCCAGAAGGAUUUAUAUGGCAGUGCUGUGAAGAGCCCGCGAAUGGUACUCCCUGCCGAAUCCAGAGGCACAUUCCUAAGAAGUGUUAGGUAAUCUUAGGAAACAAGACGCUCUUGAUAAAGUUUCAUUUUCUAGGGCCCGUCGGCUACUCGAGAGUCGUGGCUGGCUAUAGAUUGAUAUAGGUAUGUA